AUGUCGAUCGGCCUGUCAUCUCCAGCGCGAUACUCGCUAAGCUACGUUGAUUCGCUACUCACCGAUUUCACUCAGUAUCCACAGAAAUCUAUUCAAUUUGUUUUUCAGUUUUUCUUUCGAAAUAUCGUGGGAAAAUCGUUGCUGAAGAUUGUUAAAUUUGCUACCGAAGAACAACCAAGUCGAAGCGUUCUUGAGCUAGCCGGCGCUAGGCACAUCUUCAACGCGCUAACCGAUCGCGUCAGCGCGGAGCUUCAGGACGCUGAAGCCAGUAACGAUAGUCAACUUCCUCUACUUGUUCAAUCGGUCUCGUCAAAG